AUGUGGAUUAUAUCAUUUUGGAUGUUUCCGUUGGUGUCAGCCUGCAUGUGGGUUGCAAUGUUGAUUGCCAUGUUGGUCAUCUGGGUCAAAGACGGGAAACCGCACUAUGCUAGUAUGAGUGACGGACAGACCAUUGCGUACAUUUCAGAUGUCGGAGCGCAAGGCUUGAAGCCACUGUUCAUUGCAGGCAGCGUGGUUACUGUCGUUUUCCUUGAUUUAGCAUUCCUCUCCGAGCGGUGGCUUCGACACUCCAACCAGUUAGCUUCGAACAAGGGUAGAUUGGACAAGACAUGCGCUAUUCUUUCAAUCUUCUUUGCGAUUGCUGGUGCAGCCGGUCUGAUCCUGCUCUCUAUCUUUGAUACCCUCCGCCACCCGAAAUUGCACGACGGGUUCCUUGGUCUUUUCAUUGCUGGAUACGUGGUUAGUGCAAUCUUGGUUUGCAUCGAGUACCUCCGUAUCGGGAUCUUCUACCGUCGCGAUCAUCGUAUCUUGCUCGUCAGCUUCUUUAUCAAGCUUGCUUUCGUCAUCAUUGAGCUCGCACUCGCUAUCGGCUUCGGUGUGUGCAUUGGAAGCAAGAAUGCGUCUAAGCAAAACCCUGGCGCGGUUCUCGAGUGGUGUAUUGCUUUCGUCUUCACUGGCUACGUUGUCUCCUUCGUCGCCGAUUUAUUGCCUUCCGUGCGCACCCGAAACCACGUGCCUCAGGGUGAGAAAUACCUGAUGAGCCGGGGUGGAUUCAGUGGAACACACGAAGAAGGUGUUUCCAUCGAAGAGCCGCUGACCCAUGACUCGGUGGGCCCGAGCACCGGAUACUACCGUGGCCAGCGGGUCUGA